UUAGUUAUAGAAUUUACAGAAAAUAUUUGUAAUUUCUUACACUCGCCCGAAAAAGAAAAACAGAAACGUAAAACCUAAAGUCAAAACAAAUAAAAAGGGGGACGUCUCUUUACGUCUCUCAACAUUCGCCGUCUUCCUUCCCGUAAUAUCUCUCGAUCGAUUUCUUCUCUAAUGUCGAGCCGUUGGUUGAGACCUGAGGUGUAUCCCUUGUUCGCCGCUACAGGAGCUGCGGUUGGGAUCUGUGCGUUCUCGUUGAUUAGGAACAUCACCGGAAACCCUGAAGUCAGAUGUACCAAGGAGAACAGGGCUGCUGGAAUAUUGGAUAACCAUGCAGAGGGAGAGAAGUACAAGGAGAAUUUCUUGAGGAAGUACGUUCGUGACAAACGUCCAGAAAUUAUGCCUGGACUCAACAAGUUCUUCACUGAUCCUACUUACUGAACCAACAUUUUUCUCAAGACUUUCUUGUAUUGUUUUCUGGGAUUGGGAUUUUUAUUGAAUCUCCUUGUGUCUCUUAAUAAAUCUCAUUUGUCAUGUAACCCUCCGGCAAAUGGCUACUUCAUUAUGCUGGUGGCUUAUGUUGUCGCUAUUAAGCAGAAUUACAACUAUUUGUAUUGAACUGCUCUUUGGAUACAUAACUGCAGUUUGUAUUGACAGGAUCUCAAUUCUCAAGUUUGUAAACUCAAGCUCUUAUUUCAUGAUU